AUGGCUCAACAAAUGAAACGAAUAGCGACUGAAGAUAUGGUUCAGGAGGACAACGAAGAGGUGAUCAAAGAUAUUCCGCAAAUGUAUGCAAAAGACUCUUUGGAUCGAUUCGGUGAUGACUUGUGUGAACACAUACUCUCUUACCUCACACUCGAUGACCGGUUCCGAUGUGAAUGUAUGUCCAAACAGUGGCAGCGAUUGGUGUACACGACUGUCUGCCACAUCACUAUCAAUGAGGAAUUGACGGCUAAAAUGAGAGGAAAGAAAAACCUUUGCGGCGAAAACUUCUUCGACGUCUCACUCAUCGCCACAAUCGCUAAGAAGUGUCCACACAUUGAGUCCAUUGACUGCCGACGCCUACCUAACAAUGCGUACGAACCGCGCGUUUUGGAGACCAUCGAUGACUCGCGAGACAAUUGUCUGAAGAGUUUGCGCCGAAUAUACGCCAACUUCUCGCACUUCGACCGACAAAACUUCGACCACUUGUUCCACGGCUUGGGGCCAAUGGUCACCGAAUUGGAUCUCCGGGGUGUCGGCAGCUGGCGAUCACUGAUCCCGUUGUGUCCCAAUUUGCAUCGACUGACUGUCGACUACUUGUCUCAUGUGUUCACCGAAUCGGCGGACAAACAGCUGUUGGCGAAGAACUUACAGCACUUCGCCUUCAAGAUGAGCGCCAACUCUGAUGUCCAGAUUUUUGACGAGUUUGUGGCACACAAUCAGUCCCUCGAGAGUCUGGUGGUUAAUAAUCCGCCACAAGUGGUGGCCUCUCAAGACAUUGUCACCGGAUUCCUGACUCGAUUGACACGAUUACCACAUUUGCGGGAAUUAGUCCUGAUUUUCAAACGGAAAUCCGGUGCCAUUCAGUACUCAAUCGGCGAGCGUUUGCAUGAAAUCGGGUUAAUGUGUCCAAAACUCAAGAGAUUUCAGAUUCAAAUGCGUUCACAAACACCACAACUGAAUGUCGAUGUCUUGAAUGCCAUAUCAGUUAUGAAGCGAUUGAAACGAUUGAAACUAAACCUCGAAGUCGAUCCCCCAGUGGUCACCAAUUGGCGGGCAUUUGAUUCAGUGAACGAUUGGCCCAAAGGGUUGACUCACUUAUCGCUACACUUAUGGCACAAUCACUACAAUCUGUUCCGACAUUUGGAGACAAAUCUACAGAAACUGCAAAUCCUUCACAUCUCUGACAAGAAUAGU